AUGCGAUGCUUUCGGCGAUUUGUGGCACGUCGUGGUUUCCCGUGUUUUGUCAUCAGUGACCACGGCAAGACGUUCGAGGCAGCAGCGCGUGAGCUGUGCAGUAUCGCCCAAUCUGCUGAAUGUCAGCAGUUCUCCGCUGAACACCACAUUCAGUGGCAGUUCAAUGUGGAGAAGGCCCCUUGGUGGGGAGGCUUCUUCGAGCGACUUGUGCAAAGCGUCAAGCGUUGCCUCCGCAAAGUGUUGGGCAAUGCAUAUGUGUCUGGUGAGGAGCUGGUGACGGUGCUGGCAGAGGUCGAAUGUACCCUCAACUCCAGGCCAUUGACCUUCCUCUCUACGGAAGAAUGGACGGAGCCGUUGACGCCAUCGCAUCUGCUACUCGGCCGUCGACUUAGGUCCAUGCCAGAUGCGGAGCAUAUCCCACGUGCAGCCACAGCUGAAGUCGUACGAGAGCGAGCGGAGCACCUACAACAACUCAUACGACAUAGCUGGACUCGUUGGCGUCGUGAGUACCUGCUGGAACUAAGGAAUGCCCACCGCCAACAAUUCAAUGCCAACGCCACACCUAUUCGCGUCGGGGAUGUGGUGCUCAUCGAAGACGAGAACGCAAAGCGCCAACAGUGGCCUCUUGGCCUAGUAGUCGAGUUAAUCCCGGGUCAUGAUGGCAUUGCUCGUGCAGCGAAGGUCAAACCGCAACACCGAAGAAAGGUAGCGUUACGCACCUGA